AUGUCUGCACCGGAAUGGCAGAAGUUGACUUUUGCGGCUCUUCAGUCCGUUAAAAUGACUCUUACGAGGCAGUCCGAGGCACUCAAAAAUCUUGCUAACCACUAUGUUGAGAACAUCGACACGCAACUCGACAUGAUCAACAGUAUCAGCCUUUUGUACGAUGCCCAUAGCAGGGGAGGAAAAAUCGUGUGCUGUGGGAUUGGAAAGUCGUACAAAAUUGCAACCAAAACAGUGGCCACGCUCAAGUCUUUGACGAUAAAUGCCGACGAGUUGCACCCAGCAGAGGCGCUUCACGGUGACCUCGGGCUACUUCGUGAAAACGACUGCAUAAUUUUUUUCACAGCCAGCGGGAACACACCGGAACUCUUACAGCUCCUCCCGCACAUCUCUCCAAAUAUUCCUAUUGUUUUGCUCACGUGUUCCAAGGAGUCGAAGUUGGCCUCGCAUCCACAAAUCACAAGCCUCCUAUAUGCCGAGUUGCCCGAACACCUCAAGGAAACCGUCAUCCACGGCCUUCCGGCGCCAACAGUGUCGGCAACAUUGUCCCUUGUUCUAGCUGACGCUGUGUCUCUUGCCCUCGGAGAAAUGGUGGAGGUUGAUCACAUGAAAAGAAAAAAGACUUUCUCAAUGAAACACCCGGGUGGUUCAAUUGGUUCGGACCUCAGCCACUUAAAUGACAAUUUCAACCGGGGGCAUUCUUUGACAUCGUCCCAGUCAGACAUGCCUCACCACGGAAGCUACUCUUCGUUGUUGUCUUUAGACCAACUUCGUGAAUGUUUUCGCACAACCUCCAUUGCUUCAUCUGAUCCAGAAUCUGUCUCGGAGGAGCCACAAGCAGUGAAGCCUGACUCAAGCUUUACAUCCGCCCUAAUGAAUGCGGGUAAAGACGCUUGUUACAGAACCACGAGGUCGGAGUUUUUGAGCUGGUCAGAGUUGGAUCUACUCAAGAAUCUGACUCUCUAUGAUUAUGUCAUGUUCGAGUCCGAGCUGAAGGUUCUAGCCACGGACACUGAAAAGGUGCGUUUGAUGUACAAGGAUGUUUCUGGUCUGCCUGUCGGUUUUACGGGUAUGAAUGAUUUUCUUACAAUCUUUCGUGAAGUUGAGAUAGAUGUGGCUUCUGUGUAA